AUGUCCAUCGCUUCACCACGACCAAGUCUCAAUCUGCCCUCAAGCCGCCGCGGCUCAACCAGCACCAUAAACUCCACCCGCUCCCCCUCAACCUCACGACCAGCUUCAAUUCGCGACACCGCCUCAGCAACCAGCACACCCAUCCCAGCAUCCUCACGCCGCCGCGACCGCGCCGCCCUCCGCGAAUUCUACAACCUCCAAGCCGCAGAACCAUCCACAAAACCCCCUCCUUCAGCACCUGCUCCACAAGACUCAGGACCACAAGAUGCACUUUCCGCUCUCGACNNCUCCCCCUCCUUCUCAGCAAAAACAUACACAGACGAGUUACUCAACUCCUCCAAUGCGGAAACACUGUUACGCACUUUAAACGCCAUCACAAUAUCUGCUUUGGGGCUUGAAGGCGAUAAAAAAGCAUUGGUGUAUGAUAACUACACGACAUUACUUUCUGCAACGAGUACAAUCAGUAGAAUGAGAGAAAAUGUGGAUCCGAUGGCGCCAGUGACGACGACCUUGGAGCCCGCGGUUAAACAUAUCGCUGAUGUUGCGAAAAGCAUCAAGGAGAGUAGGAAUGCUGGGGAUGUGGAGAAGGAAAGACAAAAAGAGGUUGUGAGGUGGGUGUUGGGUGCACCGGAAAGAUUAAAGGGUUUCAAAGAGCAAGGAAAGGAAGAGGGUAUGAAGAAGGAGUGGGAUGAGGUACGAGGGUUGUUGGAUAAGUGGGAAGGUGUCAAGGGCGUGGACGAGGUGAGGAGGAAAUGCGAAGACGUUGUUGGGAGUGAUUGA